AUGCGCUUUUACAAAGAAGAGGCCCCAAUUCAGCUCUACUGUGAGGUUGUGAGUUAUCUCAGUAACCAAGACCGGUAUGGAAAGCUCCCAGAUCACAUUCGGCGUGAAACUGCAUUAGCAGCUAGCGAAAACAAGUCUGUUGACCCAAUGAGCAUCUACAUUGCAAUGACCAACCUAGUGAACCCACUCCCAACACCUCUUGAACGUCUUGCAAGACAUCUACUCACUGUCUCAGCCAACUCAGCCUCUUGCGAGAGACUUUUCAGUGCCUUUGGGCUUAUCCUCACCCGGCUUUGCUCUCGAAUGAGUAUCAAAUUAAUGACUGAUCUUGCUGAGCUCCAACUUCACCUACGUGAUGAACAUGUCCACUUGGGGAUACUCAAAAAAAAGCUGCGCAAACGCCAAAUACUCUCAAUGUCAACCAAUGACUUCACUUUGGGCGAAGCUGAACCUGCUAGUAAUCCAGGUCACCCGCCUGACAAUUCAAACUCGGAGGCAGAAGCUCUACAUAGUCCAUCUUCUACAUGCAGGAACUCAAUGGACGACAUAAUCAUAGGCUUGCAUGGCUGUCUGGAUGCAGAUGAAGACCCAGAGGUUGUGACAUUCGGACAAAUACAUGUAUCUGUAACAACCAAGAGUUAG